AUGCAACCUUGCUACGAUGAUCUUGUGAAGUCUGAGAAGGAAAAAUUCUCAAAGUGGUUAUUACACAAUCACUAUGAGGAAACUGAUAUUUGGAAAUCUUUACCCGAAAAGCCUGAUAUGUGGAGAUGCUAUGACACUUUUCAUGAGGCAAUUGGAGAGAAACCCGGAUCAUACAAACCUAACACAUCUCUUGAUAAUGAGCGCAGAUACGAUGACGAUGGAAAUUGUGGAGUAGCAUUAAUACAAUUUGACAAAGUCGAAAAUGCCUACUGGUGGGGGCCUGGCGGCGACGAUUUGAGUCUUAGAAUGGAUUGGAUGCUAAAAGAAUUUAGUCAACUGAAGUGUAUUUCAGGAUCAAAAUUUCGUGGAGAUCCCGAUUACACUACAUGGACACCACCCGAAAUUGAUUUUGCAUUUACGCGAAGAACGGCACCAUCAUGUUUCGCUGAUGAUUGGGAAGGCCUUGAGCGACAGUGGAUGUACUAUGGAGAGGCAGCCUGGGCGAGGGACCACCCUGAAAGCUACAAAGCUCGAGAUAAGUCCAAAGACUAUCCAGCAGGGCAACAUGUGGGCACAUAUACAAAGCUCUACCGGGCGGAUGAUAGGUUCCUUCUUGAUGGCUAA